AUGAAAAACCAUGUAUCUCCAGCUCCAAAAGAAUCUGAUGACAGACACCUAGUCACUCUGCUUAGUAUUGAUGGUGGUGGCAUUCGGGGAAUCAUUCCAGGAAUCAUUCUUGGAUUUCUCGAAUCAGAGCUUCAGAGGCUUGAUGGUGAUAAUGUAAGAAUAGCAGACUACUUUGAUGUGAUUGCAGGAACAAGCACUGGGGGAUUGAGGCUUGAUGGUGAUAAUGUAAGAAUAGCAGACUACUUUGAUGUGAUUGCAGGAACAAGCACUGGGGGAUUGGUCACUGCAAUGCUUACUGCUCCAAACGAAUAUAAUCGACCCUUGUGCUGUAGUGUAAUCGCUUCUGUCGUGAAGUUCAUCACUAGUCUGUGUGGACCAUCGUAUGAUGGCAAGGAUUUACACAAGAUUAUUAGGGACAACCUAAAGGAAACAAGAUUGGACCAGACAUUGACCAAUGUUGUCAUCCCAACAUUUGACAUCAAACGCCUUCAACCAACCAUCUUUUCCAGCUUCCAGUUGAAGAAGAGGCCAUAUUUGAAUGGCUUGUUGUCGGAUAUAUGCAUAGCAACUUCAGCAGCUCCAACCUAUCUUCCUGCACAUUACUUCGAAACCAAAACCCAACACGGUCAUGUCAUGGGAAAGUUUGACCUAAUAGACGGUGGCGUCGCAGCAAAUAACCCGACACUGGUGGCCAUGGCAGAAGUGACAAACCAAAUUUCCCAUGAAGGUCAAGGUGAUAGCUUGAAGGUGGAAGCGAUGCAAUACGAUAGGUUUUUGGUGAUAUCAUUGGGAACGGGUUCUCAGAAACAGGAACCGAAAUACAGUGCUAAAGAAGCAGCUGAAUGGGGUGUAUUGAGCUGGGUUUCCACUACCAAUGGCAGCACCCCUUUAAUCGAUGCCUUCACUCAAGCAAGUGCUGACAUGGUUGACUUUCACAUCUCUUCCGUUUUUCGAGCACUCAAUUCUGAACAUAACUACCUCCGAAUCCAGGACGAUACAUUAACUGGGGAAUCAUCUUCUGUGGACUUGGCCACGGAGGAUAAUUUGAAGGAACUGGUCUCAGUUGGGGAAUCAUUGUUAGAUAAACCAGUUUCAAGGAUUAACUUAAGGACUGGCCUUUACGAAUCUGCUGGAACUUCUGAAACAAACAGAGAAGCCUUGACGAGGUUUGCGAUACGACUAUCCAAACAGAAGCAAUUUCGUAAAUCUCAGAUGUCUGCAAACAAUGGAAAUUCUCAAAAGAUAGUUGUAUGAUGAGUAUGGUAUUAUGAUUUGUAGUGUGUUACAUAUCUUUUUUAUUACAAGUGUUGUGUUAGGCCAUAUGUGACUUAAGCCUAGGCGCUUGAACCAGGGUCAACGGUUUAUAGGUGUUAUUGGGUUCAGAGUAAUUAAUCCAAAUAAUUGAGUGUUCUUGCAAGCUUCAAUGAUGUGAUGUAAACGCUUUGUAUUUUAUUCAAUUAAUUUGAUG